AUGGCGGACCCACUCACACCUGGGCUGCUCGACAGCCCAACGUCCUUGCAACCAGAGGGAGUGGCAGAGCAGGAGGAGCAGGCUCGCACGCUGAAUGCUACUCUUCCGCCUUCCCUGGAGUUGGACGACCGGUCGUUCAGAGAGCCGGUUUGCCACCGGCACACAGCAGCGGACAGCGGCGGGAUGUGGAACUAUUUUUCAUCCUUACUCGGCACUAGCCAGAAGGACCUGGAGAAUAAGCUCAAGGACCUGGAGAAUAAGCUCAAUGAGAGGAUACAUCAGAAAGUAACACUGCUGGAGACAAGUCUACACGGCCUUUCUGUGCAAUGCUCUGUUCAAUCAGAUAGAAUAAACAACUUGGAGACGCGACUGCAACAUGCGACAGAAGAGCUGCGGGCAAUGAUGGAGUCGCGCCUCACAUCUCAUCAAAAUCGAUCAGAUCGAGAGUUGCGAGAUGUGAAGCGCAGUCUCGACUCCGUGCUUGUCCCCGACGAGAUGUUGACGAAGCUCGGUGCUCGCUUGAAGCAGGAUCUGGACGUAGAAGUGUCACGGCUGAGGUCUCACCUGGCGGCUUUGGAAGCACACCUCGCGAAGGUGGUACCAACCUGGACAUUUUCUGGCUCCGCCGGCACAGAAGAUGUGGGUUACUGUGGGAAGGACCUGCCUCCGCAGCAGCACGGUGAGACUUGGCGCCUAGCUUGCUGCCGCGUGCCCCGUCGACAACGACAAUGGCGGUAUGGGUGCCUCGUCGGGCAGCGUAGCAACAUCGCCACCAUCGUUGACAUCAGCGCUAUCGUGUUGGACACCAUCUCCAUCAUCACUGGUUAUCACUAG